AUGGAUUUCUCUCUACCGCAAACCCUACUCCCUGGUUACCGCUUCUCUCCCACUGAUCAAGAACUGGUCCAAUUCUAUCUCUACCCAAAGGUCACCAACCCUCUCUUCAUCACCUCCGCUCCUGUUAGAGAUUGUGACAUCUACGCCUAUCAACCUCUGCAAAUUUGGAACGCCUUCCACAGGCUCCAAGGAGAAGAUGUCUUCUUCUUCACUAACCUCAAAAAGAAAAGCCCCACUUCCCAUGUCACCCGCAAAAUUGCCGGUGGCCCUGCAACAUGGCAUAGAGAAGACACUGACCGAGCUAUUGGUGUUGCUAUUGACGAACAUUGCUCUGUCACAGCCAUCAGGAAAAGCUUCAGUUAUCAAAGCACUCAGUCUGGCCAACAUGGCUACGGCUGGACAAUGUACGAGUAUAGCUUGCCAUCCCUUUCUCAAGUCAUUGUUCUGUGUCAAUUGAGAAGGAAAGAAGACAACAAGAGCCACACACAAACGACCAAAAAGAGGAGAAGGCAAGCUGACGGUGUUGAUGAUACAACAAACACCAUAUCUCAGAAGGCCAGGGUUGGUGAAGGCUAUCACCAGCAACAGAUCACGGGUUUCGAGGCGGCGGCCGAAACUGAAUCUGAGAUCGUGUAUAAUGGGGUGACAUUUGACAAUUUGGAGUCGUUUUCUCAUCAACUUGUUCAGGACUUUGACAAUGAUCAGGUGGCUGUCAGUUCCGUUGCAUCAACUAUCAACGUUGCAGAACCAACUGUAUCCACUUCAAGUUGUGCAGAGAACUUGCAAUCAAAUAAGGUCGUGUGCAUCGACAAUGAUGAGGAGCCUUCUGCAACAGAGGAGGAUGAUGAUUACCAUCGAGAGCUUCUUCGACUGCUGGAUUUCGAUGGUGGCUCUGACUUGGCAGAUGGGGUUCCGUUCAUUCAAACAACACCUGAGGCUGAUGAGCCUUACAGCGGUUGGAGAGGGUUGUUUUCGCAACAGCUGCCGCAAGCAAAUCCAACAUGCCUGGUUCAAGAAAAUGAAGUUCGAGAUGAUCUACAAUCCUUUUUGUAUGGAGAGCCCGUAUGA